AUGCAAUUACUUUGGUUAUUUAUCUCUAAUCUUUUUUUCCUGGCUGUAUUUGCAGCUCCUGCUACUGGGUUCAAGGUAAAAAGAGACUUCCUCCCAACACAACCUUCGGAUGACUCCUUCUAUUCUCCUCCACCUGGGUUUGAAUCGCAGCCUUUGGGUGCAAUUUUGAAGAGCCGGAAACAAGACCACACUUUUGGGAUUGUUGUGAUUCCAGAAAAGAUUGAAGGAGCUUACCAAUACUUAGUCCGCUCGGAAGAUAGUUUUGGAAAUCCUAUUGCUGCAGUGGCCACCCUCUUCAUUCCAAAGAAUGCUGACCCAAAUAAAUUAUUGUCUUAUCAAGUUGCAGAAGAUGCAUCAAAUAUUAACUGCUCUCCAUCAUAUGCUAUGCAAUUAGGAUCAAACCCGGAUACUAUUGUCACCGCCCAAAUUGAACAAUUAUUGGUUCAAGGUGGAUUGAAUCAAGGUUGGUAUGUUGUGGUGCCAGAUCAUGAAGGGCCAAAAUCUACCUUUGUUGCUGCACAUUCUGCAGGUAAAAUUGUUUUGAAUGCAAUUAGGGCUGUUAUUCAGACUAGUAAUACUACUGGACUCAGUAGUAAUCCAACUAUUGCACUUUGGGGAUAUUCUGGUGGAUCUUUGGGAACAGAGUGGGGGGCUAUGUAUCAUAAAACAUAUGCACCUGAACUUAAUAUUGUAGGGGCAGCACUUGGAGGUAUUAUUGUUGAUAUUGACCACAUUGCUAGAUUCAAUCUUGGAACAAUCUUUGCAGGCUUUGUUAUUACAGCGAUUAAUGGAUUGUCACAUGAGUACUCUGCUUUGAAUGAUUACAUUACCAACAAUGUCUUUCCAUCCCAGCUCGACUAUUUUAGAAAGACGAAUACAAUUUGUUUACUAGGUGAUCUUUUGUCGUACCCGUUCGCUAAACUAGAGCAAUUUAUUUCGGUCGGAAUAAAUGCUUUAGAUGAUCCAAUUGUCAAAAAUGUCACAUCUUCAAACAACGCAUUAUUAAGUGACCUUGUUCCUGAUAUACCAUUAUUCUUUUAUGAUUCCCUCCAUGAUGAAAUUGUACCAGCUUCUGAUACCGAUUUGUUGUAUAAUAAAUGGUGUUCUCAAGGAGUAUCUAUUUCAUAUCGUCAAGAUGAGGUUGGCGGUCAUAUUACGCAAGCAGUAUUGGGUGCUGGAGAUGCAUUCGAGUUUGUCAAGGCUAGAUUAAACGGUACUCCAGCACCUCAAGGAUGUAAUAAGGUUGUUGCUAUUUCCAAUGUAUUCUCCCUUACCGACUUGGAUGGAUUAGGAAGUAUUAUUGUUGCUGCAAUUAAGGCUUUGUUUUUACAGCCUCUUGGUCCCUUCUGGAUGCAAUAA